AUGAAUAGAGACACAGAGAGUGAUGCAUACGGAAGCUCCAGCGACGUAGACAGAAUAGAGCUCGAAGACUCGGAGUUUGACCAAGCGGGCGACGACCUGUUUGGCGACGCAUAUAGCGAAGACUAUGCAGAAAACCCUGCGAUGGACAGAUACGAAACAGAAGACGAAGAGUAUGCGCCUCCUCUGACAAGGAAAGAGCUCGAGUCCGCAGAGAAGGAAAUAUCGCAGGCUCUGGGAAUAGAGUCGCAGGAAAACGAGGACAGCCUUGCAAACGGAACGAGCCCGGAGGAAGACGCUGAGCCUUUGGACAACUUUUCUCUUUUGCAGAGGCACAUACACACGGAGGAAAUUCAAAGGAAAAUCAAGAAGGAGGUGUGCCUUUUUCUGCGGGGGUGCGGGAAAAAAUAUAUUGAGGCAAUCCACCAAAUGGCGUCUAUGAACAUGCAGUCGAUAUACGUAGACUACUUUGACCUCGAGGGAUUUUCUUCUGUUUUGGGGCUAGCCUCGGUUUCGCUUCCCGGGAAGGUUCUUCCGCUUUUCAACGAGGCGCUGCAGGAGGUGGUUCGGGGCAUAUUUCCAAAGUACUCUUUCAUUAGGUCGGUGCUCAUCUUCCGCCUCGUCAACAUCCCAACAUUUGACCACAUACGCAGCCUGCGAAACGCGCAUCUGAACACGCUUGUGAAGGUGCACGGAAUUAUAACGAAGCGUAGCAAAGUGUACCCAAUUGUUUCUCUGGUCAAGUACACGUGCCAGAAGUGCAAGGCCAUCUCCGGGCCGUUUGUGGUCGAGGGCGAGGGAGGCGCAAAGCCUGGGCGCUGCCUGGAGUGCCAGUCUGCGGGGUCUCUUGCGGUCAACCUUUCUGAAACGCUGUACAGAGACUACCAGAAGCUGACCAUGCAGGAGGUGCCUGGGUCUGUUCCCCCAGGGAGGCUUCCCAGGUCGAAGGAGGUGAUUCUCCAGUACGACUUGAUCGACUAUGCGCGGCCAGGAGACGAGGUAGAGCUGAUUGGAGUGUACAAGAACGCGUUCAACACGAAUGUUUUCAGCAGGUCUGGCGUGCCCACUUUCUACACGUGCAUCGAGGCUGUCAGCAUUGUGAAGAAGGAGGACGAGGCGUCUUUGGUGAACAUCACGCCAGAAGACGAGAAGGAGAUACGGAGGCUUUCCAAGAUUGAGGGAAUACAGGAAAUGAUCAUUAGAAGCAUAGCCCCAAGUAUACACGGGCACUACUACGCAAAGAGAGCCAUAUGCAUGGCCGUGUUUGGGGGUGUCCCAAAGAAGUCGCAGAACAACCACAAGGUGCGAGGGGACAUCAACGUGCUGCUUCUGGGGGACCCUGGAAUGGCAAAGUCGCAGCUUCUGAAGUAUGUCCAGUCGAUAUCACACCGCGCAGUUUUUGCAACGGGGCAAGGCGCGUCUGCGGUCGGUCUUACAGCAAUGGUGCGAAAAGACCCGGUCACAAGAGAGUGGGCGCUCGAGGGGGGCGCUCUUGUUUUGGCAGACAAGGGAGUCUGCCUGAUCGACGAGUUUGACAAAAUGAAGGACACCGACCGGGUGAGCAUCCACGAGGCGAUGGAGCAGCAGAGCAUCAGCAUAUCCAAGGCAGGUAUAGUGACAAGCUUGCAGGCUCGGUGCGCAGUGAUAGCAGCUGCCAACCCGAUUCGGGGAAGAUACAACCCAGGAUACACCUUCCAGCAAAAUGUCAACCUGAGCGACCCGAUUAUUUCGAGGUUUGACGUUAUCUGUGUGAUACGGGAUGACGGAAACCCCGAAAAGGACCGAAAGCUUGCCGAGUUUAUAGUCGGAAGCCAUAGAAAGUCGGCGCAGGGCGCGCAAGGCGAGGACCCGCAGCUGGACGGGCACAUCUCCCAGCGGAUACUCCGAAAAUACAUUGCGUACGCAAGGGAGAGGGUCUCUCCUAAGAUAGAGGCUUUUGACAGCGAGAGAAUCUCUUCCCUGUACGCCUCGCUUAGAAAGGAGAGUGCUUCGGCGAGGGGAAUUCCCAUCACGGUCCGGCACGUUGAGUCGAUGAUCCGUAUUGCCGAGGCUUCUGCAAGAAUGCACCUCCGGGAGGUGGUCCUGCAGAGAGACAUUGACACUGCCGUGGAGGUUGUUUUGGACAGUUUCUGCAACACGCAGAAAACAGCAGUCAAGAACCAGCUGCAGGCCAAGUUCAAGAAGUACCUUACCAGAAAAGAAGACGAGGUGAGCGCCCGCAUAGGGCUUAUCAACUCUCUUUUCUCCAGGCAGGAAAACGCCUCAAAUAGCGCGCACUCCAGCGUCUCCGUGAAGGACUUCAAGAGCAAAACGCUUGCUCUGGGAAUGCACUACAAAAACAUCUUUGGAACCUCCCAGUUCACGCGAGAGUUCAUUUUGUCGCCGUGUGGGCAGUACAUUACAAAAAAAUAA